AUGACUUCUACCUCCAAUCCUAAUUCGGGAACAUCAACGCCCCGGGCCUUCACAAACCAAAGCGCGUCCGCAGAAGAACUCCUCAAGUCGCAGACAGUCGGCCUUGUCAAUCUUGCCGAUUUUCGCAAACGCCGCGCCGAUGUGCUUGAGCAAAAGGAAAAGGAGGCGCGUGAGAGCUCUGCUGGAGCCCGCACGUCCGAUGUAGAAGACAGUGACGGAGCGGUAACUCGACGACCCGAUCAACCACCUAAAAAGAAAAAGAAGACACCCAAAGGGUUCCUAUCCUUCGGCGGGGAUGAAGGGCAAGAUGAAAGUGUCAUCUCUACCUCUGCUGCUAGAAGCAGAAGGUCUUCCGCCGAACCAUCACCCGAGCCUUCUGGCAUGAGUCGAAAAUUGACACCGAAUCCGAACUCCACAUUACCGGCUCCCAAAGCCAUGACGAAGGCGGCAUUGGCUGCAGAUGCUCUUGCUAGAGACAAGCUAAGAAAAGAAUUUCUGGAGAUUCAAGAGGCGGUCAAGGAGACUGAAGUUACGAUACCUUUUGUAUUCUACGACGGUGCAAAUAUCCCUGGGGGUACCGUUCGGGUCAAGAAAGGAGAUCAUAUAUGGCUAUUUCUUGAUCGAUGUCGCAAAGUCGGCGCGGAGCUAGGUGUUUCGGGCUCUGGCUCGGCGGGGGGUACUUCCUUCAAGAGCAGAGAGGACAGCAAGAAGCGGUGGGCUAGGGUGGGCGUGGAUGAUUUAAUGUGUGUAAGAAGCGAAGUUAUCAUACCACAUCACUAUGAGUUUUACUACUUUAUUGCAAACAAAAUCCCCGAUCCGAAAAGGGAUGGACGGCUUUUGUUUGAGUAUUCUGGCACUGCUCCCCAAAAGCAGGAUGGCGAGGAGGGUCGUUUGCUGCGAGUACCAGGAAAACAGGACUUAGAAGGCCACAAUGACGAUCCCACUUUGACCAAGGUGGUGGAUAGGCGGUGGUACGAGAAGAACAAGCAUAUCUAUCCUGCUAGUGUAUGGAAAGAAUUCAAGGCCGGGAAAGAAUUUGAGGAGAUGACAAAGGGACGGAGGGAUGCACAAGGCAAUGCCUUUUUCUUUGGAUAA